AUGAAAGCUCUGCGUUUGACCUCUACCAGCGGUUCAAAACCUUCUCUCUCUCUCAGUACUCUUCCCAAGCCAAGUCCUCCACCAGGCUCCGUCCUCGUCAAGAUCCGUGCAGCAGGAAUCAAUCCUAGUGACGUCAUCAACGCCAAAGGCGGAUUUCCUUAUACAACGUUUCCUCGUACCCCAGGUCGCGACUAUGCGGGAGUCGUCGUAGAGGGCCCUGAGGAGUUUUUGGGAAAGGAGGUUUACGGUACGAGUGGGAAGGUCUUGAGCUUCACAACCGAUGGUACUCACGCGGAGUACUGUGUCAUCUCAUGUGAUGGGAUCAACUUGAAGCCUUCUAGUCUGAGCUUUGUGCAAGCCGCUGCUGUCGGCGUACCAUUCACAACCGCCGCCCUUACGGUUCGGCGUGCUAUGAUCCAAUCAACGGAUAGGGUUCUGAUUCUAGGCGCAUCGGGUGCUGUUGGGUCUGCAGCCUGUCAAUUGGCAAGGAAUAAGGCUUGCCAAGUGCUCAGAGCAGCGAGGCGAGGUUCUGUCGAUGUGAACCUCACCACCGACCCGGAAUUGAGCACCGUCAAGAGCCUGACAGAGGGGAAAGGCGUAGAUGUUGUGAUUGAUACCACUGGGUCGCCUGCCCUCAUGCGUGCCGCCUUGCGGAUUCUGGCUCUACGGGGCCGCCUUGUAUACAUCUCGGCUCCAAAGGAAGGGUCGACGGAUUUCACAUUCGACAUGAAGCAGCUGUACCGGGAAGAGAAAAUGAUAAUUGGAUGCAACUCGCUUUUGCAAACGCUGCCAGAGGCAGCAAAGGAAUUAGGAGGUCUAACCCCUGGAUUUGAGGAUGGCAGUCUUCAAGCUCCGAAUGAGUCGGAUAUCGAGACGACCAGGAUUGAAGAUGCCGUCAAUGUCUAUCAGAUGAAGGGAAACCUGGGAAAUAGCAAGAAAAUAGUUAUUUCCUUUUGA